AUGUCUGAGAGUUCCACACACACACCUCACCCCAGCCAGCGGAUGCAGGAGCUCAGGCUGGCGCUCUCAUCCCCGGGAACUUGGUGGUCACCCCUACACCACCUGAUAGAAGAAGCCGGAGAACUUGACGUCCGGAAGGUCGACAUGGAGAGGAGGACUUUGUCUUGUUCUGUGAGGCCCGAAAAUGAAGAGCUGGAUGAUCAGGGAAGUUACAAGGAGGUCCCGUUUGACUUGGUUCCCGUAGUGGAAUCCCGAAGUGUGGUCAUUGGUAAUCAACAGCUCUCCUCCCCUUCCCUCACUUCGGUGGGCCGAGGAGCUGCCGCCGGGACUUGGGCGCGCCGGGCGGGCGGCGCGGGAGCCGGCCUGGCGGGCCUCGGCCGGUGGGUGCCCCUGCUCCUGUGCCUGCUGCAGUCCACUCGAGGGAAGCCCCAUCUGGCCCCUCCUCAGAACGUGACUCUGCUCUCCCGGAAUUUCAGUGUGUACCUGACAUGGCUCCCAGGGCCUGGCUACUCCCAGAAUGUGACCUACUUUGUGGCCUAUCAAAGCGCCCCGACCCCCAGGCGGUGGCGAAAAGUGAAGAAGUGUGCAGGCACCAAGGAGCUGGCGUGUCCUCUGAUGUGCCUGGAGAACCAGGACCUAUACAACAAGUUCAAGGGGCGCGUGUGGGCGGCCUCGCCCGGCGCCAGGUCCCCGCCGGCGGAGUCCCAGUACCUGGACUACCUGUUUGACGUGGAGCCGGCCCCACCCGUCCUGGUCAUCACCCGGACAGAGGAGGUCCUGAGAAUCAGCGCCACGUACCAGCUGCCGCACUGCAUGCCGCCACCGGAUCUGAAGUACGAGGUGGAUUUCUGGAAGGAGGGAAGCAGGAACAAGACACGAUUUCCAGUCACCCCCCAUGGCCAGCCAGUCCAGAUCCCCCUGCAGCCAGCCACCAGCGGACACCACUGCCUCAGUGCCAGAACCAUCUACACCUUUGGUGAUCCUAAGUACAGCGAGUUCUCCAAGCCUACCUGCUUCUUCCUGGAGGCCCCAGGAGCCAGCUGGGUAUUCCUGGUGUUGCUGCCGCUUCUGCUUCCACUGCUGUUGGUCACUGCCAUAGGCUAUGUGGUCUGGAAGAGCCUCACAGAGAACCCCUGGCUUCGGCAGGCAAAGAUGCCAUGGGCCCUGGACUUUACUGGACAUAGACACCCCGUGGCAACCUUUCAGCCCUGUGACCCUGAGUCCCCAGAUGCCUUGAUCCUCUGUCCCCGGAAGGAACUGACCAGAAGGGUCAGGCCGAGCCCUAGCAUCAGGACCCCAGUCACCGUCCAGGCAGGAUCACAGGAGGACAGUGCUGAGGAGGAGAUGGGCGAGGAGGAGGACACAGACGAUGGUGUCAGCUUCCAGCCCUACAUUGAACCACCGCCCUUCCUGGGGCGGGACCAGCAGACGCCGGGGCACCCUGAGGCAGGGGACACUUGGACUCCUCCCAUCCAGGUGGAAAGCUCCUCAGCCACGGAGUCUUCAGACAGAAGCUGGGCCGGCACCGAGGACUCCUCUCCCUGGGAUGAGCCCGGCUCUUCUUGCUAUUUAGCCAAGAAAGGGCCAGACCAAGGGCCAGGUGCGGAUGGGUGUCAGGAGCCUCUUCUCCCCGAGUUCGCCCAGGACUUGAGUUUCCCGGAAGAUCCCAUGAAGGAUGACCUUUCCUCCUGGACCAGGUGCUUUUCAUCACCAGGGCUGAACCUGGUCCCUGGGGAGCCCCCCGUUUCUCUUCACACACUGACCUUCUGCUGGGACAGCAGCCCUGAGGAGGAAGAGGAGGAGGAGGAAGAAGGCGGAGGGGGAGGGGAAGGGGAGAGGGAGUCAGAGAUUGAGGAUGACGUUACUGGCAGUUGGAGGGCUGAGAGCCUCCAGAAAGCGGAGGUCAGGGGUGGGAUACUAGGGCAUUACAUGGCCAGGUGAGCUUUCUUCAGCAUCCCUCCAAGUCCGUGCUUUCCAAGGAACCAAGAUGCCACCGAGACUUGAGAGCCUGGGAGCCUGCUCACCGAGCUCGUGGGGGGCUCCUGCAGCGCGUCAGAAACCCCAGCUGCGGAAGCCACCCCAUGCUUUGACUCACUGGCCUUGGGCUGAGCUCUAAGAAGGGUGAAGACAAUGGGCUGAGGUCAGAGGCUGGCUGGGUGUCACAGCACCCCUGUGCCUUUGGGGUGACAGGCCAGGUAGAGAAAGCCUCCCUGGACAGCAUGAAACAGGUGAAGUCGGGUCACAGUGGACAAUCAAGGGCUGGCCCCACAAGGGACCAUUUGGAUCUGGACGCAGGACGUUUGGCGACAUCUUUACGAGUGUCAUGGCUUUUCUCCAGCACCCGCUGAGCUCCCCCAUCCCCUGGGUCUCAGCUCCUGUCUCAUGAGUCCUCUGGGGUGGGCCUCAGUGAAGAAAACUCCAAUAAGCAGGGGGUGUUGGAAAGGAAAGGGUGGGCUCAUUCAAACCCCAGCCUCUGACUUAUGGAAGGAAGUACACAGCUUUUUUUUUUUUUUUUUUUUUUUUUAAGAAA